AUGAAUGAAAUUGAAAUAGCUGCUACAUUACAUGUACAAUACCGGGCUCUGCGGUGUUGCAUUCUAUCAUACUAUACCAAAAUGGCCACAGCGGUGCAGAACCCCCUCAAAACGCAAUCUGGAGGUGCAGUCAUCAAGAACAGCCUCGGAGAGGAGUUUUAUAAGGAGGCCAUUGAACACUGUCGCAGCUACAAUGCACGUCUGUGUGCGGAGCGCUCCAUGCGGCUCCCCUUCUUGGACUCCCAGACCGGCGUGGCUCAGAGCAACUGCUACAUCUGGAUGGAGAAGAACCACCGUGGACCAGGUCAUGCUCCCGGUCAGCUGUACACAUAUCCAGCCCGCUGCUGGCGCAAGAAGAGGCGGCUAAACAUCUUGGAGGAUCCACGGCUUCUACCCAUCGAGUUCAAAAUUGACUACGAGUCCUCUCUAAAGAAGGAGGGGGGCAUCCCAGACGGCCCUGUGCUGGAGUCGCUGCUCGCUGGGGAAACGCUGGACAAGAAGGUGGAAACUAAGGAAGAGGAGCCAAUGAGUGAAUGUCAGAAGCUGCUGGUUGGGGACUUUCCUCAUGAGCUGGAAGUGGACGACAUGGAGGAAGACGUACCGAAGCGCAAGAACCGUACCAAAGCACGGGCCUAUGGUGUCGGAGGAAUGAGGAAAAGACAAGAGCUGCCUGCCAUUGAAGACAGAGAUAAGCCUUACGUUUGUGACAUCUGUGGCAAGAGAUAUAAGAACCGUCCAGGGCUGAGCUACCAUUACACUCACACACAUCUGGCAGAUGAGGAGGGAGAAGAGGAUUCAGAGAGACACACACUUCCCUUUCAACGCAAGAGCAACCACAAGCCUAAGAAAGCACCGGACGGCUCGGUGAUCGCCAACGGCUACUGCGACUUUUGCCUCGGAGGCUCAAAGAAGACGGGCUGUCCUGAAGACCUUAUCUCCUGUGCGGACUGUGGACGCUCAGGCCACCCGUCCUGUCUGCAGUUCACAGUGAACAUGACGGCUGCGGUGAGGACAUAUCGCUGGCAGUGCAUCGAGUGCAAGUCCUGCAGCCUGUGUGGCACCUCUGAGAAUGACGACCAGCUGCUGUUCUGUGACGAUUGUGACAGAGGCUACCAUAUGUACUGUCUGAGCCCUCCCAUGUCUGAACCACCAGAGGGGAGCUGGAGCUGUCAUCUGUGCUUGAGACAACUAAAGGAGAAGGCCUCAGCCUACAUCACCCUCACUUAAUCUGCCCGUCGCCCUCUCCCAAACCGCCGUCAUUUCUCCCGUGUUCUUCAGCACCUCCACCUCUCCCAGUUCCACUGAUCUACUUGUUGGCGCUCUCUCCUCAAUCUGUCCCUGUGACCUUUGGAGCGUGCAGAUUAGCCACAGCGCUGCUCCUGCUCUUGAACGUCUCUCCAGCGGCAAGCCGUACUCCGUCCUCUUUUGUUCCUGUUAUUCCCUUUUGUGCUUGACCCUAACUUCUGCCUCCCCCUCCUUCGUCUCAGCAGAGGAAUUCAUCAUUCGGCAAUAAGUUUGCCAGCAAGACACACACUUCAGCCCGCCAAGGGCACUUCUGAGGCGAACUAAUCCACAGGAACCCUCAUAAGGGCCCUCAGAUGAGCCCUAAUGAUCUUCAGCUGUGACUCUGUCAAGUAGUGAGUAAGAAUUAAUACGAUGGCGAUGUGCUCGAGAGAGGACAAGGCAGUGGAGAACCAUGGAGCAGUCUGUCUCAGUGUUUUCCCAACUGUGAAAUGUACAUUUAACCAAAAUUUUAUUUUCUUCUCUCUGCCUUCCUUUGUGUGCGGCAGAGC